UUAUUAUUUAUAAUAAAUAAUAUAAGUGAUAAUAGUGAAGGUGAGGUGUGAGAGGAUGAUGGGAUGGGAUUUAAGUGAUCUCAUUCUUCCAGAAUUUUUUUUCUGCCCUUAACAAAAUUUACCUUUUUUAUAAUAUACAUCAAUACUUUGACCUUGUUGGGGAAUCGUGCUUAAUUCAUGAUAUUCCUAACAUUUGGCCUUUUGUUUCCUUGUGUCUCCAAGUGAAAAGAGUUGAUUUUGUCUUGGCCACAUACUUAAUGUUCACUCCCUGCAUCUGGAAUUGUUAGAGUGAUUAUUAUUCCUUCACUUGCAUGUAAAAGGUUUUCUUUUGUUUGUUUGUUUGUUUUGUAAUAUCCUUUAGAAACUUGCAGUCUGAAGAGAAACAUUCCUGCAAAAACUAUUUGGAAGAAAAGAGUGCAGGCAAUGUGUCCAGAUUACUGAAAUAAAAUGGAACUUUUGAAGGAUUGGACUUCAAAAGCUUCAUUUUAUUUCAAAAGUUGCAUUUCAGAGGUUUUUUUUUUUCAUAGGACUAAGCUUUUUCCAAGACCCUGCUGGGCCACUUAACCUUAUUUUUGACCAAUUUUAUAUGAAUUUAAUGCAAACUGCCCUGUCCAUUUUUCAGACUCCCUUGAAAAAACAGACUUCUCUGCUUGGGGAACCCCCAAAAGAAAUUCGACUGAGCACCAACCCCUACUUGAAUUUGGCAAGUGUUUUGCCUGGCAUCUGUCUGCCAGCAGCAAUUGCCAGCAAAGCCUCCAGUCCUCCACAGCAGACCAGCCUUCCAAACAAUGUCAUGGAUGCUGCUGUGUCUCAGGGAACUGCAUCACAACAUGCAAUGGAAAAUUAUUUCAGUUAUUCCCAGCAGCCUGGGGAAUACCCACAGGAGGCUGUCCAGCAGUGGUACCAGCAUUAUGCUCAGGCACAUCACUCUACCCAGGCCAGAGUGGAUGGCUUGGGAAAUGAAGCCUCUGAGGAAUUGCUGCACACCCGAGCUGCUGGGAGUUGCACCUCUUGUUACUCAGGAAUCUACAGGUGGAUCUUGCCCAGACUACAGCACCUGCCUGCAGGUGGUGCCUCCCCUUUUGAGUGGAGCCCAGGGAUCCCAGCAGGGCUUGCAGCCUCCUCCAGCAAAUCCCUUAAAGCAGGUGGCCCCGAAGCGCAGCUCCUCGUACCUCAUGUCCUCCCCCGAGCCCGGCCCCGUGGAAUUCCCGGCUCCCGGCGGAGCCGCGCGCUACUCGGAAUCCUCCCUGAAGAAGAAGCGCGUGUAUUGAUCCAUCAUCAUCCCCACGGCUUGAUCGAUUCCCAGCCCGGCCCGGGGUAGGGAAGGCAGGUGGGAAUCCCUCUGUAUUUAUUGCUGCCUUAACUUCAGACAAUGAGUUCUUUCUGUGUGGGGUGAGCAUCCCAAGAGGAGCCAGCUCUGUCCCGGCACAUCCAAGGACGCUGACGGGCGUGGCAGAGGUGGUGGCUGCUUUCACUUGGAGAGGAGGGGACAGUGUUGGCUUUGUCACCUGUGGGCUGAGGGACAACAGCACAGGGACUUGGGGAGCUGGGACAGCUCCAGCUGAAAGCAAUAAAAACUCAGAGGAAAGCAAGCUGAUCCUUUCUCCAGUCCUCAGCCUGAGGAAGUUAAAAGAGGAAGUCUUGAUAGUAAUUAUUUUGUAUUUUUUUAAGUCAGAAUGUGGGGUUGUUUUGUUUUUUUUUUCCCAACUUUCCUUUUUUCAGGAUUAAGAGCUCUGCAUUUACAGCCUUUCAAUUUUUAAUAUUUCUUCUUAAUCCUGGAAUGGAGCGAUACCAAAUGGAUUCCCAGAGCCUCGGUGACGUUCUCAAUAAAUGCCUGUUCAAAGGAAGAUGCUAUCCUGUGCUGCCUUGGAAUGUUCCCUGGGAUUUGGAGAGUUGAUCAUUGGACAAUGGAAUAACUCUGUUUUUAGGCUGAGAAUCCACAGUUUUUCUAUGGAGAAAGUAAUUCCCAGUGUGAGGCAGCAUCCUCCUUCCACAGGUGUGGGACAGCUCUUCCUGGGCCACCCCACAUUUGUUUCCCACUUUUGAGUGUAUUUUCCUUCAUUUUUUUUUUAAAGACUUUUUGUAUUUUUAGCUUAUUAUCAGCUUUGGCUCGAGUUGUUCUCUUCUGCCAUCAGCCCUUGGAGCUGGAGAUCAGCAAUCCUUCCUUUUGCCACAGGUAAAUGAGGAGCCAGCCCUCAUUCCAAGGCUUUUCCCCCUUGGAAUCCUGCUGCAAAUCCAUUUGGAUUGAGUUCACCAAGGCCAGGAGCCACCUCCUUCUCCCUUUUCUUUGCUAGAGAACACUGAAGCCAUUUUUCAAUACUGAUUGUUUUUUUUUAAAUUAAAAGUCUUAAACUUUGCCUUUCAAGCUUUGGGAUGUGACCAGGAUCCACAUUUUCAAAGCUUAAAAAAAAUCCCAAUCAAAAUCCCUCUUCCCUCAGCUGCUGGAACUGCUCCACAAACAGGAGCCAGGAGCUUUUCUGGGAUUCUGCCUGUAUGUAUUGUUAAAUUCACUUGUAAUAUUUUGUUUCAGCUGUUUGUAUAUGCAACUUUCUCAACUUGUUACACUUUUCAAUGAAAAUAAAUUGUUGGUACUUA